AUGCAAGGGAACAAUUACAUUCCUCCUUUAACACCAAGGUCGAGAUUGGAAAGGCUUUUGAGAGAAAGAGAGCUAAGGAAAUCAAGCCGGUAUACUCAAUCGGCCGAGGACGGAAAAGAUGGCAACAGAGACUCAGAACAACUUAGUGAUGCAUUCCUAAGUGAGAAUGAAGUCGAAGAUGUUGCGGAAACGGUGGCUGUGGAGGACAGGCCUCGCAAACAACGUUUGUUGGUGGUAGCUAACAGGUUGCCUGUCUCGGCUGUUAGGGAGGGUGUGGAUUCAUAUCACCUUGAGAUCAGUGUUGGUGGCCUUGUCAGUGCACUUUUAGGUGUAAAGGAGUUUGACACAAGAUGGAUUGGAUGGGCUGGUGUGAAUGUGCCUGAUGAAGUUGGGCAGAAAGCUUUGACUAAAGCUUUAGCUGAAAUGCGAUGCAUUCCGGUGUUUCUUGACGAGGAUAUAGUUAAUGAAUACUAUAAUGGUUAUUGCAACAACAUAUUAUGGCCACUAUUUCAUUACCUUGGACUUCCGCAAGAGGAUCGACUUGCUACCACCCGUAGUUUCCAAACUCAAUUCGAUGCGUAUAAGAAGGCAAACCAAAUGUUUGCUGAUGUAGUGAAUAAGCAUUAUCAGGAUGGAGAUGUUGUUUGGUGCCAUGAUUAUCACCUAAUGUUUCUUCCAAGAUGUUUGAAAGAAUACAAUGACAAAAUGAAAGUUGGAUGGUUUCUCCAUACACCUUUUCCUUCCUCGGAAAUACAUAGGACUCUGCCAUCGAGGUCGUAUCUUUUGAGAUCUGUACUUGCUGCUGAUUUGGUGGGAUUCCAUACUUACGAUUAUGCUAGGCAUUUUGUAAGUGCUUGUACUCGAAUUCUUGGGAUAGAAGGUACACCUGAAGGAGUCGAAGAUCAAGGGAAGCUAACCCGUGUGGCUGCGUUUCCUAUUGGAAUUGACUCUGAGAGAUUCAUUAGAGCCCUUGCGCUUCCUGAAGUCCAGAAUCACUUGAAAGAAUUGAAAGAAAGGUUUGCAGGCCGAAAGGUAAUGUUGGGUGUUGAUCGACUUGAUAUGAUAAAAGGAAUUCCUCAGAAAAUCUUGGCUUUUGAGAAGUUCCUAGAAGAGAAUGCACAUUGGCGUGAUAAAGUUGUCUUGCUACAAAUUGCUGUGCCUACUAGGACAGAUGUCUCUGAAUAUCAAAAGCUUACAAGCCAGGUGCAUGAAAUUGUUGGACGCAUCAAUGGAAGAUUUGGAACACUUACUGCUGUCCCGAUACACCAUCUGGAUCGGUCACUUGACUUUCAUGCAUUAUGUGCACUCUAUGCAAUUACUGAUGUAGCACUUGUUACAUCAUUAAGGGAUGGAAUGAAUCUUGUCAGCUAUGAAUUUGUUGCAUGUCAAGCUUCCAAGAAGGGGGUUCUCAUUCUAAGCGAGUUUGCAGGUGCAGCACAAUCUCUUGGUGCUGGUGCUAUCUUGGUAAAUCCAUGGAACAUCACAGAAGUUGCUGCUUCUAUUGGUUAUGCUUUGGAUAUGCCAGCUGACGAAAGAGAAAAACGGCAUCAGUUUAAUUUCAAGCAUGUAACAACUCACACAUCACAAGAAUGGGCUGCAACUUUUGUGAGUGAACUGAACGAUACCAUUGUUGAAGCUCAACUUAGAAAAAGACAAGUUCCUCCGUUACUUCCCAAUAAAGUCGCGGUUGAUUGUUACUCAAAAUCCAAUAAUCGAUUGAUUAUACUGGGUUUCAAUACCACUCUGACUGAACCAGUUGAUACUCUUGGAAGGGGUGGUCAGAUUAAAGAAAUGGAACUAAAAGUACACCCUGAUCUGAAGGAGCCUUUAAAGAAGUUAUCUGAAGAUCCAAAGACAACAAUAAUAGUUCUAAGUGGGAGUGGUAGAGCUGUCCUGGACAAAAACUUUGGUGAAUACAAUAUGUGGUUGGCAGCAGAAAACGGGAUGUUUCUUCGACUUACUUCAAGUGAAUGGAUGACAACCAUGCCUGAAAAUUUAAACAUGGAUUGGGUUGAUAGUGUAAAGCAUGUUUUUGAGUAUUUCACUGAAAGAACACCAAGGUCUCAUUUUGAGCUUCGCGAAACUUCAAUUAUCUGGAGCUAUAAGUAUGCAGAUGUUGAGUUUGGAAGACUUCAAGCAAGAGAUCUGCUUCAGCAUCUUUGGACAGGGCCGAUAUCAAAUGCAUCUCUUGACGUUGUCCAAGGUGGUCGAUCUGUCGAGGUUCGUGCAGUUGGUGUGUCAAAGGGAGCGGCUAUCGAUCGUAUCCUGGGAGAGAUAGUUCAUAGUAAAGGCAUGAAAGAACCAAUUGAUUAUGUCCUAUGCAUUGGCCAUUUUCUAGCAAAGGAUGAAGAUGUCUAUAAAUUUUUUGAGCCAGAGCUCCCUUCUGAAUCAUCUCCAAUGGCAAAAGCUAUGCUGUCCAAUUACAGGCCAUCAUCUCUGCCAAGAGCUUCAUCCAGCAAAGGUGGAUCUAAAGCAACUUACUAUAAGAAGCAGCGUUCAAUGUCAAAUAUAGAAAGGAGAGAGAUAGAACGCACGAGUAGUGAUCCUUGGAGACCAACAAGUCGCGAGAGAACAUCAUUACACGAGGGUUCUUCAGUUCUUGAUCUUAAAGGUGAUAACUACUUCUCUUGUGCCGUUGCACGGAAGAGAUCAAGCGCACGCUACCUUCUUAAAACCUCUCAUGAUAUUGUCAAUCUCUUAAGUGACCUGGCAGAUCAUUCUUGA